AUGCAGGGUAGAGAUUUGCUGGGGAUGUGUGCUUUACGUUCGCGAUCUCUGUCGGUAGACGCAGCCUCCAUUCUGAAGACGAAGGAAGAUUUGAGAUCAAAGUACCCCGUGGGUAGCGUUGAUUUGGAACUCGAUUCCAAAUCCGAGAUCGCAGUAAUCCGACUCUGUCAUCCAGCGCGUCGAAAUGCUUUGUCGGGGAAAAUGAUGGCCGAGCUGAACGACCGCAUCACAGAGCUGAAGAACUGGAAAGGUCGUGGAUUGGUGUUGUGCGGUGGAAUUUCUCCCUCGCCUGCGUCUUUCUGUUCCGGCGGGGAUUUGAAAACGAUGAGUGGCAUCAUGAGUGAAGGUCCGUCUGCGGGAAUGGCAAUGUGUGCUUUAAUGCAGGAUUCCAUGGUGAAACUCCGUGCUCUUCCGUUGGUGUCCGUGGCAGUGAUUCACGGCACUGCGAUCGGAGGUGGUGCUGAGCUCACGACUUGGUGCGAUUAUCGUGUGUUCACAACAGAAGGAUCUGUUUCUUUCGUGCAAAUCAAAAUGGGGUUGACCACUGGCUGGGGCGGGGGUUCUGGGCUGAUGGAAAUCCUGGGACGACGGAAAACGCUGAAAUUGCUGCUCGCUGGUCCCAAGAUAUCGCUUCGGUGUGAUGAUGCGGAGUCUUGGGGUUAUUCCGAUGCCACGGUGUCAGUUUCGCCUGGGGAUGAUCCCGCUGAAAAGGGAAAGGAAUUUUUGUUGAACAGUGUUCUGAAUUCCGAGUUGGACUCUGGUGUUGGAAGGGCUGUGAAGAAAAUGGUUGCGAGUGUUGCGGUGGAGCCGUGUAUUUCGAAUUCCUUGGAUAAGGAACGCGAAGUUUUCGGCGAGGUUUGGGGCGGUCCCGUUCAACAAGCCGCGUUCGCGCAAUUCUUGAAACGCUGA